CUGGCUUCAAUUUCCUCCCAGCAGAUGUCAGGUACAGACUGAGAGGGUCAGAGGAGUUGGGAUAACACAGAGGAUUUAGAUAAAAGAACAAUCUUUGGAACCACCAGCAGAUUCCACAAUGUCUUGUUGUCCCUGAACUCCGGUUGGUCUGGACGGUCUCUUUAUCCUUCAUCGUCAGACUGUGGUGACCAUAGUACCUAAAGGACCGAGGAGUAAAAUAAGCAAGUGGAUUGUAUACAAUUCUUCCUAACUGUGCUGGCACCUGUCCUGAGACUUCUGGCCAAGAGACCAUCUCCAGUAUCACAUCUUGAGGGAUCACCGGAUCCUCAGUUGAGGUUCUCCUUCCCGUUUUGGCACUUUUUGCCUUCUGGUAGCAAGAGAUGUGCAAAAGUGCAACAACCUUAGUGAUUCUGUCCCUGCUUCUGCCACUGCUGCCCUCUUCAGGCCAGGCACAGACAGUUCUCACUGAUGAUGAAAUAGAAGACUUCCUGGAAGGAUUCCUCAAGGAGUUGGUCCCCGAGGAAGAUGAUGAUGAUAAUGCAGAACCAAGAAGGGAAGAAGAUGAGGGUGGAGUCGGAAUCACUGGUGGUGGAGGGUACGAGAUAGAAGAAACAGAGACUCAAGUAGGAAAAAAGCCAAAAGCACCUAAAGGAGAAAGUGGAGAUUCUGCUGGGAAAGGUGAAGAAAAAACAAAGAAAGAAAAAAAAGCCCCGAAACCCACUAAAAAACCUAAAGAGAAGGGAGCUAAAAAGGAAAAACCUCCAAAACCAACUAAGAAGCCUAAAGAACCUAAAGUAAAAAAGCCAAAAGCAACCAAAAAACCCAAGACACCAAAACCCACAAAGAAGACACCAGGUAAGAAACAAGACCAGCGUCCAGAGGUAGAGGAAGAAGAGGACAGGAACAAGAAUAUCAAAGAGGAGAGAUACACACGACCCCAAGUUCCUGAUGAAGAGGACAGCUAUAUAACAACAGUUACAGAAGAGGAAGAACAAUUCAGACGACCACAAACUCCUGAAGAAGAUAAAUAUGUUACAGAGCAAAAAAGAGAGGAGAGAUAUAAACAACCUCAAGUCACUGAGGGAUAUGAUGAGGAAAAUUACAGAAAACCCUACGUUAUAGAGGGAGAAGAGGAAGAGAGGUACAGCAGACCUGAAGUCCCUGGGGGCUAUGAUGAGGAAACAUUCAAAGAACCAGAUAUUAUAAGAGAAGGAAACAGAUACAGACCACCACAAGUGACAAAAGAAGUAGAAGAUCCAUAUAGAACACCAGAUACUACUGAACAGGACAGGUAUAGACAGCCCCCUAAGGAGAAGGAAAGGUACAUAAGACCACCAGUGACUGGCACAAAAUCACAGACGGGAGAAGAUUUAUGGUCAGAAGGAGAAUAUGUGGAACCACUUCCUGAACCUGAGGAACCUGGAAUAGUAAGGCAGAGACCUAGUGUGGAAGAGGAACCUCCAACUGAAGAUUACAACGAACACCUGGAGAAGGAGGACUAUGGUGACUAUGGGCACAACAGACGCCGUGAGAGGCCGAAAGCUCCUCAGCGCCCCGAGCAUCCUGUAGUCUAUGAGAAACCUGCACCCAAGAAACCAGCAGUCGUAACUCCUCCACCACUUCCUGAAUACCCCGACCCGAAACCAGGAAUUCAUUUCGAAGACUAUGAUUAUACUGUGUACCUGAAGCCACCAGACACAAAGGAGGAAGACUGGACAGAUGAAGAGAAAUACCCAAAGAAAACAAGUAGCAAAGAAGAACGUGAGAGAUGGGAGGAGGAGGAGGAGAAAAAUCGUAAAGAAAAGAAGAAGCCCGCAGAAACAUGGGAUUCAGAAGAGGUGGAAGAACCUCCAAAGGAGAGGAGAAAGUGCCCCCCAAUUGGUCUGGAGUCCCAUCGGAUAGAAGAUGACCAGAUGCUUGCUUCCUCUAUGUUGCGCCAUGGGCUGCACGCUCAAAGAGGUCGUCUAAACAUGCAAGCAGGCACUAAUGAAGAUGACUUCUUUGAUGGUGCCUGGUGUGCUGAGGAUGAUGGCAGAUCACAGUGGUUGGAGGUGGACACCAGAAGAAGUACCUUAUUCACUGGUGUUAUAACCCAAGGACGGGACUCUACCAUUCUUGAUGAUUUUGUCACCUCGUUCUAUGUGGGCUUCAGUAAUGACAGUCAGAAAUGGACAAUGUACAGCAAUGGAUACGAGGAGAUGAUGUUCUAUGGGAACGUGGACAAGGACACGCCGGUGCAGACAGACUUUCCAGAACCUGUGGUAGCAAGAUUCAUCCGUAUAUACCCGCAGACCUGGAAUGGCAGCCUGUGUAUGCGCCUUGAGGUCUUAGGAUGUCCAGUAUCCAAUGUGGUUAGUUACUACAGCCAGAAUGAAGUUAUAACAUCUGCAGAUAACCUGGAUUUCAAGCAUCACAAUUACAAAGAUAUGAGGCAGCUCAUGAAAGUUGUAAAUGAAGAAUGCCCAACCAUCACUCGAAUAUACAACAUUGGAAAGACGGCUAAAGGAUUGAAAAUAUACGCAAUGGAAAUUUCAGAUAAACCAGGAGAACAUGAAGCAGGCGAGCCAGAAUUUCGGUACACAGCUGGGCUUCAUGGUAAUGAAGUUCUAGGACGGGAGUUGCUUCUUCUUCUAAUGCAAUUUAUGUGCAAGGAAUAUCGCGAUGGCAACCCACGCAUUACAACUUUAGUUCAUGAGACCAGGAUUCACCUUGUGCCCUCACUAAACCCUGACGGGUAUGAGAUUGCAAGCCCAAUGGGCUCAGAACUUGGAAACUGGGCACUGGGUCACUGGACAGAAGAAGGCUAUGAUAUUUUCACCAACUUUCCAGAUCUUAACACUGGACUGUGGGCAGCAGAGGACAGGAAGUUGGUCCCUUACAAGUUUCCCAACAAUAACCUACCUAUUCCAGAAGGCUAUUUGGCAGAAGAUGCCACAGUGGCAGUGGAGACCAGAGCAAUCAUUGCUUGGAUGGAUAAAAUUCCUUUUGUUCUGGGAGCCAACCUACAAGGUGGAGAAAAGUUGGUUUCUUACCCAUAUGAUAUGGCAAGGGCGGUAAAGGAGGAAGCACCACCACCCCGGUAUCGUCAUCAUUUUCUCCAAGAAGAGGAGGAGGAAGAAGAAGAAACGUACGUAGAAGGAGCUGGAGGAGAGGAUGAAGAAGGAGUGUCCAGGACACCUGACCAUGCUAUUUUCCGAUGGCUUGCCAUCUCCUAUGCCUCAGCCCAUCUAACUAUGGCAGACACCACUCGUGGAACCUGCCAUGCAGAUGACUUCACCAAGGGUAUGGGCAUUGUCAAUGGAGCAAAAUGGAGGCCUGUCUCUGGCAGUAUGAACGACUUCAGUUACCUUCACAGUAACUGUAUGGAGCUCUCCAUAUACCUGGGAUGUGACAAGUUUCCACACGAAAGUGAACUGGCUGAGGAAUGGGAGAUCAACAAAGAGUCUUUGCUCACCUUCAUGGAGCAGGUUCAUCGCGGGAUUAAAGGCAUUGUGACGGAUCGCCGCGGGGAUCCAAUAGCUAAUGCAUCCAUUUCUGUGGCAGAAAUACAACACGAUGUCAAAACAGGGAGCGAUGGCGACUUCUUCCGUAUUGUCAACCCAGGGGAGUAUCGGGUGACUGCACGGGCUGACGGUUUUACGCAGAGCACUAAGACAUGUAUGGUUGGCUAUGAAAUAGGGGCAACUCACUGUAACUUUGUCCUGGCACGUUCCAACUGGCAAAGGAUAAGGGAAAUCAUUGCAAUGAAAGGCAAGGGUCCUCUACGCCUGGCGCCACCCGGAGGUCGCCGCCUUACCCCAAGUGAAAGGCAGCGCAUGCAGAGACGACGAAUGUGGCUGAAUCGCAAACGCAAUCUCACCACUGUGCCACCCACAACUACUCCUUUUGUGCCAACCACCACCUUACCUCCCACAUAUACUCCCACUACCAUGCCCCCUCGCAGGCUGAAGCCCCCCACCCCAUCUGAAUCUCUCUGGGACACGGAAACUGAGACCUACACAGAAAUAGUAACAGAAGUGGAGACAGAAACCUGGGAAGUGGAGGGCACUACACCUGUUGCCCCAUUCACCACAGCAGAGACUUACACCAUAAACUUUGGGGACUUCUGAGAGGGCCACCUCAACGGAGAAGGGUUACAAAUUGAUGUUUGAGCGUCGUAAAGGGUUAAAGUUUCAACCCCAGAGGGGUCAUCUCAACAUGUAUUUAUAGCUCUGAUCAUCUGUGGGUCCAAAGUAACGUGGACCUAUUUUUUUACAUUAAUGCCUCUUUUUUUCCAUCUAGAAUUCAUCAGGAUAUAAUAAACUUUAAGGGGUUGUACAGGAGUAGAAGCUCAGCCUCAUUCUCUUCAGUGGGGAGAAGAUGCAAUGCCAGGCACAACCAACGCACAACAGUGCAGCUGUUUCUGGGGAGGAAAAGCAAGUGAACGCGUAGAUGCCUGUCCACUCGGAAUUAGAAGAGCUUGCAGGCUACUCUGAAACUAGCAUUACAAAUGUAUAGUCUUGUUCACUUCCAAUAAAGCUUCUACACAUUUUCCUAA